AUGGGGAACCACACCAGCAUCACCGAGAUUGUCCUGCUGGGGCUCUCAGACGCCUGUGAGCUGCAGCUGCUCAUCUUCCUGGGGCUCCUCCUCACCUACCUCCUCACCCUGCUCGGGAACCUCCUCAUCGUGGUUGUCACUCUCACGCACAGGCACCUCCACACCCCCAUGUACUACUUCCUCCGCAACUUUGCUGUCCUGGAGAUCUGGUUCACCUCUGUCAUCUUCCCCAAGAUGCUGACCAACAUCCUCACAGGACACAAGACCAUCUCCCUAGCAGGAUGCUUUCUCCAGAUGUUCCUCUAUUUCUUCCUGGGCACCACAGAGUUCUUCCUACUGGCAGUGAUGUCCUUUGACAGGUAUGUGGCCAUAUGUAACCCCUUGCGGUACGCCACCAUCAUGAGCAAAAGGGUGUGUGUCCAGCUGGUGCUCUGCUCAUGGAUCACAGGACUCAUUCUCAUUCUUCUUCCAAGUGUCAUCAUACUUAAACAACCAUUCUGUGGUCCUAAUGUCAUUAAUCAUUUCUUCUGUGACAGUUUUCCACUCCUGGAACUCAUAUGUGCAGACACAACUCUGAUAGAGCUUCUGAGUUUUGUGACAGCGAUCAUCAGCUUACUGGGCACUCUGUGUGUGACAGCCACCUGCUAUGGCCACAUCCUCCACACUGUCCUGCGCAUCCCCUCAGCCAAGGAGAGGCAGAGAGCCUUCUCAACCUGUUCCUCCCAUAUCAUUGUGGUGUCUCUCUUCUAUGGCAGCUGCAUCUUCAUGUACAUCCGGUCAGGCAAAGGUGGCCAGGGGGAGGGCUGGAAUAAGGUGGUGGCAUUGCUCAACACUGUGGUCACUCCAAUGCUCAAUCCCUUCAUCUACACUCUGAGGAACAAACAGGUAAAGCAGGUGUUUCGGGAGCAGUCUGAAAAGGGAACAGUAAACACAUUUGUGCCCUCUUUGCCCCAGCAUCUAUUCAGCCUUACUAUUUCGACACCAGCACCUUCUGAUACUACUUCUCCAGCACAGCUGAGGACUUCUCUGGCCAUAGCAUUCUUUUGCUUCCUACAGACAGGAAAACAAGCUCCCCCUUCGUCUGUUUUUACCAUUGCCUACUUCAUCUCUUAG